AUGACCAAUUCCGCGAGACCAAAGGUAAUAGUGCUAGGUGGAACAGCUGGUACGGGCAAAUCUACGAUUGGUGAGAGGCUUGUUAAGUUCUUUCAGGAUAAGUACCCAGAAAUUCAAUUCCUAGAAGGUGAUAGGAUCCACCCUCCAGAAAAUGUUGCUAAAAUGGCGCACGGAAUUCCGCUCACAGACGAUGAUAGAUGGGGGUGGCUAGCCGAUGUUGCAAAGAUAUCCACAGCCUCUGCAGAGGAACACGGGGGAUUGGCAAUAAUUUCAUGCUCAAGCCUCAAGAAGAAGUAUCGGGACUUUAUGAGAGAAAAGAGUCCCAACACUGAUUUCUUCUUCCUGUUCUUGUAUGCAGACAUGAGAGUGAUUGCUCAUAGGCUAACCCAGCGUGAAGGACAUUUUAUGAAGGCGAACAUGCUCGAGUCGCAAUUCAAGGAUCUAGAGCUACCCAACAGCGACGAGCCAAACUGUCACGUGGUCGACGUGGAUGGCAAAGAUGUAGAGCAGGUACUGCAACACACUUAUGAAGACCUGUGUAAAUUUGUUCCAAAUUAA